AUGCUGCCAUCAUCUUGGAAGCUGCCCUUUGGAAUCGACAAAUUGCUCAAAAGCCUCGAGGCAGAAAAGAAUCAAAGACUUCCGUUAUUUUCCCUCGAGGAUCACCAAAAAUAUGGUGACACGUACGCUCAGUAUGCCGGUGGCCUCUUUACCAUCAUAACGAGAGAUUCGCGCAACAUUUCCUCGGUGCUAUCUGAGCAAUUUUCCAAGUUUGGCCAUGGGCAAUUACGAAGCAUCUGUUUCGGGCCUCUACUUGGCCAGAGCAUAUUUACCGAAGACGGGGCCGCUUGGAAGGCCUCAAGACGCUUACUGGCCUCUGAGCUGCACCAGCCGCACUAUCCAGCUUUACAUAUUUUCGAGUCUCACUUCCAAGACCUUUUGCGGAGUCUCAUGGAAAAGCAAAGUCAGUCAUCUUCGACUUUGAAUGUACGGGAUGUACUGCACGACUAUGCUCUGGACACUGCAACUAAACUGUUUCUGGGCAACUCUACCAAUAUCCUGAGUCUGCCAAGUGAAGCCAACAAUGAGGGCACCCGGUUCUCAGAAGCCUUCAACAAAGCCAUGCAAUGGCUAGCUACAAGGGAGCGCUUCAAAAUGUUUGCGUGGCUCGUCACCACACCGGCAAUGCUCAAGACAUUUGCUACUGCUCGCGACUCUUUAGAAAACAUGAUUUCCGAGUCGCAGCGAGCCGAAGCCAGCGAUUUGAGCAAGUCGGCCUUUGCAGAUUUCCUCGGAAAGUCAACCGGAAUGAGCAAGGCCAGAGACGAGCUGAUGAGUCUCCUAGUCGCAGGCCGCGACUCCAAUGCGAGCCUCUUGUGCUGGCUAGUGUACGCGCUCGCGCGAGAGCACGAGGUGCUGGAAAAGCUUCGAGCUGAAGUAACGUCAAUCCUCGGAACCGAUUCUGAUUACUUGCCAGAUGAUGCUCAUCUCGCAAAGAUGCGAUAUCUGGAUGACGUUGUGAAUGAGACGCUGCGUCUCUUCCCCGCAGUGCCACUCAAUGGUCGACUAUGUUCAACAUCGACAACACUUCCGGCUGGCGGCGGCGAAUCUGGGGAAGAGCCCAUCUACGUUCCCAAGGGCACAUUGAUAUGUCUUUCUACGUUUGCCUGUCAGCGAUCUACCAAGUACUAUGGAAGCGAUGCUCACGAGUUUCGACCCGAGCGGUGGCAGCAAGUAGACGCCAAAGUGCGAACUAGUGACUUUACUUUUCACCCCUUCAUCGGAGGGCCUCGCAAAUGUCUUGGAGAGCGUUUCGCAAUCAAAUUAGCCAAAUACACCAUCUGUCGCUUGGUACAGUCGUGCAGCAUCAUUACGGUCGGCAAAGACGAAUUGGCAGCUGGGUCUAAUUGGCAAGAAAAUACUCGAUACCACAACGGCUUGACCAUGUCUCCUGGUGACGGCGUUUUUGUUCAGUUGGAGCUGAGAUAG